AGCAAGAUGGCGUCAAUGGAGUCUCAGCGGAAGAGAAGGCAUGUUGAAGAGAAGGCAGCUAAAAAAGGCGACGAGCCUGAGGAAGAAGACGAGGAGAAGGAAGAGGAAGACCAAGAGGAGCGUUGGGUGGGUCCUCUGCCUGGGGAGGCCGUGCAAGUGAAAAAGCGAAAAGUUCUUGAAUUUGAGCAUGUCUACCUGGAUAAUCUUCCCAGUGCUUCAAUGUAUGAGCGCAGUUACAUGCAUAGAGAUGUCAUCACACAUGUAGUAUGUACUAAGACAGAUUUUAUAAUAACAGCCAGCCAUGAUGGACAUGUCAAAUUCUGGAAGAAAGUAGAAGAAGGAAUUGAAUUUGUUAAACACUUCCGUAGUCAUUUAGGUGUUAUUGAGAGCAUUGCAGUUAGCUCAGAAGGAGCGUUAUUCUGCUCUGUUGGGGAUGACAAAGCAAUGAAAGUUUUUGAUGUGGUGAACUUUGAUAUGAUCAACAUGCUGAAACUUGGGUAUUACCCAGGUCAGUGUGAAUGGGUUUACUGCCCUGGAGAUGCCAUAUCUUCUGUUGCAGCUUCUGAGAAGAGUACUGGGAAAAUAUUCAUAUAUGAUGGACGAGGAAACAAUCAACCUCUUCAUGUUUUUGAUAAGCUCCACACAGCCUCCCUUACUCAGAUACGACUGAACUCUGUCUAUAAAGUCAUUGUAUCUUCUGACAAGUCUGGAAUGAUUGAAUACUGGACUGGGCCUUCCCAUGAAUACAAAUUUCCCAAAAAUGUAAACUGGGAGUAUAAAACAGACACAGACUUGUAUGAAUUUGCUAAAUGUAAAGCAUACCCAACUAGUAUUUGUUUCUCACCUGAUGGCAAAAAAAUGGCUACCAUUGGUUCUGAUAGAAAAGUCAGAAUAUUCAGAUUUUUGACAGGAAAACUUAUGAGGGUCUUUGAUGAAUCUUUGAGUAUGUUUACAGAGCUACAGCAGAUGAGGCAACAGCUACCAGACAUGGAAUUUGGUCGGCGAAUGGCUGUGGAGCGGGAGCUAGAAAAGGUUGAUGCUGUAAGGUUAAUUAACAUCAUUUUUGAUGAAACCGGACACUUUGUGUUGUAUGGGACAAUGCUGGGAAUUAAAGUGAUAAACGUAGAAACGAACCGAUGUGUUAGAAUCCUAGGCAAACAGGAAAACAUCAGAGCUAUGCAACUUGCUUUGUUUCAAGGUGUAGCAAAGAAACAUCGUGCAGCCAUUACUGUAGAAAUGAAGGCAUCUGAAAAUCCUGUUCUCCAGAAUAUCCAAGCAGAUCCAACCAUAAUUUGCACAUCCUUCAAAAAGAACAGAUUUUAUAUGUUUACAAAACGUGAACCAGAAGACACCAAGAGUGCAGAUUCUGACAGAGAUGUAUUUAAUGAGAAACCAUCUAAAGAAGAGGUCAUGGCAGCCACUCAAGCUGAAGGGCCAAAAAGAGUUUCUGAUAGUGCCAUUGUCCACACGAGUAUGGGAGAUAUUCAUGUCAAGCUCUUCCCUGUUGAAUGCCCCAAAACAGUAGAAAACUUUUGCGUACACAGCAGGAAUGGUUAUUACAAUGGACACACCUUUCACCGCAUCAUAAAGGGUUUCAUGAUUCAAACUGGUGACCCUACAGGCACUGGAAUGGGAGGUGAAAGCAUCUGGGGAGGAGAAUUUGAAGAUGAGUUCCAUGCAACUUUACGACAUGACAGGCCCUACACACUUAGUAUGGCUAACGCAGGUUCAAACACCAAUGGCUCACAGUUCUUCAUAACAGUAGUACCAACGCCAUGGCUGGAUAACAAGCACAGUGUGUUUGGAAGAGUAUGUAAAGGAAUGGAAGUUGUUCAGAGAAUUUCAAAUGUAAAAGUCAAUCCAAAAACUGACAAGCCCUAUGAAGAUGUCAGCAUUAUUAAUAUCACUGUGAAAUGACAAUUUUUAAAGCAACUUCAAGAUAGGACUUCCGUUACACUGAGUGGUAGCAUCUUAGUGUUUCUGCAGCCAAGCUUCCGAAUUGAUAAGCCUUUCCAUUUUAUCAUGCAUUUGUGAUACUGUGAACAGUAUUUUUAAAAGUUUUAUAAAAUAAAAACCCUACUAUAUUAGUA